AUGUCAUCAUCAGUGGUUACUGAAAAGGAUAGUCUCCUUCUUCGGAUCUUCAUAGUGGUGAGAACUGCCAUUGCGGCAUUCUUAUUCAUAUCGGGUAGUUUGAUCAUUGUGGGAACUCAAUUGAUCGGUAAAUUCUUAUUUGAUGCCAAUUAUAUCUAUAAACAAUACUUUAUAAAUACUUCGAAACUUCAUUUCCUUAGAUUGAUGACUUUCUUAGUUAGUAUGAUCCAUGCAAAUGAUAUUUCAAUCACUUAUGAUACCUCCAAAUUAGUUUCUAGUUCUUCAUCUCCAUCAACAGUAUUCACCGUUGAUGAUCAACAUAAUAUUCAUUCCAAAUUAUCCCCUAAUUCAAUCGUCAUUUCAAAUCAUCAGGUUUAUACUGAUUGGUUAUAUCUUUGGUUCUUGGGUUAUACUUCAAAUUUAUCUCAAAAUAUCUUUAUUGUAUUAAAAGAUAUGUCAAAUAUUCCCGUGUUAGGUUAUGGUAUGAAGAAUUAUAAUUUCUUAUUCUUAUCAAGAAAAUGGGAAACUGAUAAAGUUAUCAUUUCUAAACAAUUAGAUUUGAUUGAUUCAGAUGCUAUGGGAACUAAUAAACAAUUGCAACAACUUGGUAAACCAAAAACUAUCUUACCUUAUUAUUUAAUCAUUUUCCCAGAAGGUACAGUUCCAUCUAUAAGAACUAAAAAGAAAUCAUUAGAAUAUACUCAAUUUAAGAAUUUACCACCUUUAAAACAUAUAUUAUUACCUAGAGUUAGAGGUUUAUUAUUAGUAUUACGUAAAUUACAUGAAUCCGUUGAAGUCUUGUAUGAUAUUACUACUGGAUGUGGAGAUUUGGCAGCAGGUGAAAUUGGUGAAGAUAAAUUCUCCUUAAAGAAUCAUUUUAUAAAGGGAAAUGGACCACCAAUAAUUUAUCAUUAUAUUAAGAGUUGGAAUUUAAAGGAUAUCCCUCUUGGAGAUUUAUCAGUUGAUGUCGAUGAUUUAACUGAAAAGGAAUUACAAGCUUUUGAAGAUUGGAUGUUAAAGAUUUGGUAUGAGAAGGAUGAAUUAAUGGAUAAAUUCUAUAAAACCGGUCUGUUUACUGAUCCAACUAAUAAAAAUGAAAAAACCGUGGUUGGGAAAUUACAAUUAAGAGGUACAUUUGAAGUAUUAACUAUUUAUAUUCCUUUAACCAUCAUCUUAGUUUCAUUGGCGUCAUUGUUUUAUUUAAUCAGGUUAAUCUUCUUUUAA